CCCAGUUCACUGCUACAACGAGCGGAGCAUAUGGUUAGCAAACGCAUCACAGUGAACUUUCCUGCUGAAUGUCAAGGUGUAUCUUCAACCAGAUAAGAAGUGCCUUUAAAAGAGUGGAGUGUACAGGGUUCUGGAUCAAGAGGUGUGCAUGAAGUACACCAGCACAGUCUCUGACAAUGACCUGACCAUCACACUGCAUCACUGGCUCCCUCACAGGGUCACCUUACUGAACACACCAUGAAUGACAAGCUGGUCUUCUUGGGCCUGUUGUACUUUGUGCAGGGCAUCCCCUAUGGCCUCCAGUCUUCACUGCUUCCUGUUUACCUGCGAGGAGCUGGCCAUUCACUCACCCGCAUCAGCUUUACCAAAAUCCUCUAUUUCCCCUGGGUUCUCAAGGUCCUGUGGGCUCCUCUUAUAGACCGCAUUGGCACAAAGCGCCGCUGGAUUGUUGGGACUGUGUCUGGUCUUGCUCUCACAUGUGCGUCCAGUGCUGCUCUUGCCCCAGAAGCACACAUAUGGGGAGUAGCAGCAACGCUGCUGACCAUGAACACAUUUGCCUCAGUCCAGGAUAUAGCUGUAGACGGGGCUGCUGUGAGUUUGCUUAAAGGUCGUGGAGAGCUUGGUCUUGGGAACACAGCCCAAGUGGUUGGUUACAAAGCUGGCUCUGUGUUCGCUGGAGGUGGCUUGUUGGCUGUCAUCGAUGUAGCAGGAUGGGGAUGGAUGUUUGUGCUGCUCAUGUUUGUCUAUGCAGGUGUGGCUUUGUUUGUGUUGGGAGCCCCUGUCUUGGAUGAGGAGACCGUAAAGGGGCAGGCAGCAGAUGGCAGCAAGAGGGCAGCAGAAGCUACAAAGCCAUGGAGAGUGUGGAGAAAGAUGCUUGCAGUACCUGGGACCCCUUGGACCAUCCUGUAUGUGCUAACAUAUAAACUUGGUGAGCAGGGUGCUGUCACCAUGUUCCCCCUCUUCCUGUUGGACCAUCACAUGACGGCCCGGGAGCUAGGCUUCUGGAACGGGAUCAUUGCCAUGGGAUUUUCCAUCUGCGGCUCAUCUCUGGGAGGCCUGCUGCUCGCUCAGUUCAGCAUCGGAGCUCUGAUGCGACGUGUGUUUGUGCUGAGAACCGUCAGCAUGGUCUUUCAGAGUUCACUGCUCACUGUGCUGGAGCCAUCACCUCUCAUGAAAGGUAUGGCUGUCCUCAGUAUGAGUGUUCAGCACUUCCUGGGUGGUCUCAUCACCACGCUCACUUUCACGACCAUGAUGCAUUGUACUCAAAGGGCUGAGGAAAGCAUCCAGGCCACGCACUACAGCUUCUUGGCGACUUUGGAGGUGCUGGGGAAGUUGACGUUCAGCGCUCUGGCCGGUGGAGUCGUAGACUGGUUCGGCUUCCAAGUGGCCUUCCUCUUCUUCCUCACUCUGUCGGCCGCUACAGCCCUGCACGUGUGGACCGCCACAUUCACUGGAGCUCUCAGGGAACACCAGCUAAAAGACCAACCCAAAUGAACAGAGGGCCUAUAUGCUGGUCUCUUUCACCCCACUUGAGCCCUCUUGAGUGGGAAUUAGCCAUGCCAUUCACAUCCUUUGUUUGGAGAUGGCCAUAUUUACUAGUAUACUUUACCGCACAAUUAGCACAACUCCUCAUCUCCCUAGCCUUAUUUAUGAGCGAGUGACAUGGAGGCUGCUUGUUUGUCUGGGCAAAUGCAUAAAGAGGUAAUGUAUUUAUUUUGAUGAUGAAAGAGAAAAUUGCGUUUAAUAGUAGCACUCAGCUCUUGUUGUAAGAGUGAAUAGUCUCAAAGCUUUUUUAUCCACUGAGCCAUUUUAUGUUUUAAAAUGCCAGCAAUAAGCGGGCAACAGCAAUACAGCUACUCUCAGAUGUUUGUUUUAACACAUGGUACUGUAUUAUGUCUUAAGUUUGGUUUACAGUGAAUUGAUGCUACCUCACACAAUCAAUGGAGGGUACAAUACACUGUACCAUGGGUGAUGGUGAUGUGUGGUUGCUAUGUGAUUUGAUGGCAAUAGUGUGGAAAUAUUAUUAAUGUAUGACAAAAGCCUUUGAGUAGUAGCACUGAUUAUUUUUAGAGGGCUUAAGCAGAACUAAAUGGGCCCAAGUUAGGUUUUUGUGGAACAUUUUUAGGUAUACUAACUUGUUUUUUUUUACUUGCAAAUUACUUUUUGAUGAGUAAGAAAACACAACAUUGUCUCUGUGCCAAUAAAAAUGGUGAAAAUCCCUACUCAUAGAUACGCCAAAAUCUUCCUUGGGCUCAUUUGGUUCUCACAUCUCAAUAUAUUAUGCUUUAUUACAUGCAUCUCUCAGAACAUUGUAUCUCUGCCUUACAUACUGCAUGGUGCCAUUCAAAAAUGCCAUUAUCCAUAACACUUAAUUUACUGCUGAAAAUAAGAUGAUGCACAGUUAAACUUUUUCUCUGCUAUAUUACAGGUACUAUGCUGUAUAAAUUUGUACUGCAGGCUAUAAAUGUUACUUCAGAUGUGACGCUUUUACAGAGAGAAUCCUGAAUGUAAAAGAUGUGUACUCUCACUUUGAAUGGGAGGAAAGCCAAGGCCUGUCUUUGAGUGUCACUGUGGUGCAGUAUCAGGUCACUUUUCAUGUUAAUGGCUGCUGUAACUGGAACACUAAAUUCAGCAGCUACUGUAUGUACUGUACUGAAUGGGAGGGUACUAUUUGCAAAGCACAGCUCUUAUGUCUCUCUUAUGGAGGAUUUCUUCAUUUACAAAUGCAAUCUGCGAUCUGUUGAUAGCAGCGUUAUGCCAUAACAUUAAUAUGGCUCAGACAGUAGGUGAGGCAGUUUCUGACAAACAAUAAGGUUUAACAUUUGUGGAUCAUUUUGAUAUUUUUCAAGCCAGUGAAUCUCCCAUAGAGUUGCAUAGGCCCCUGCCCUUCAUCUGAAAUGACAUCAACCUAUUCAAUAUAAAAUGGUACUCUUUUGAAUCAGGAAGCUGAAACCUGUGUAUAUAAAAAUGUAUUCUGACACCAUCUUUCUUCCAAAAGUGGCGACUGAAGUAGAGCGUCCCAGCUCUUGGAUUGUAAUCUUAAAAUAUGUUGCUUGGACUGAUACUGAUAACUGUAGAGAAACUGUGUUUGAGAUGUACUGUACUUUGUUAAAUUGCUCAAAUCUUAUAUUAUUAACCUGCCCAGGAACUGCAGAUGGAAACUAGCUUUAGCCAAAUCUGGUGUAAAGCAUCUCUUCUGUAACGAGAUGAAUGCGUUUGCAAUUGGUCCCUGUUAAAAUAAAAUAUAAAUAAGUCUUAAUGUAGUGAAAGAAUGCUGAUGGUUUCACAUAGUGCUGGAUAAUAGACAUGUUACCAUAAAAUUAUUGGUGGUCAUAAUGUAUUCUGUAGUUUACUGGACAAAAGAGUAAGCUACUUGCAGAGGACAUCCUUUGUGAUGGGUGAAGCAUAAAAAUAAAGCUUAACUUUCAACUUGAAAA